AGUCGCGGGCGCGGCUUUGGCCGCGGGCAGACGCGCGAAGCGAGCGGGGAACGAGCCGGUGGCGGCGGGGUGAGCUGCGCCCUUUUCCACCCUUGUUGGCCGCCCACCGCAGAGCCACGAUGUUCCGCAUGCUGAGCAGCAGCUUUGAGGACGACCCCUUCUUCGCUGAUUCUUUUCUUGCACACCGAGAAAGUAUGCGCAACAUGAUGAGCGGUUUCUCUGAACCUUUUGGAAGAAGCUUGCUCAGUAUCCCUGAUGGUAGAGGAAGAACCCAUAAACACAGAGAGCAAGAUGAUGGUGAAGAUUCCUUAGCUGAAACAAGUUUUUCUCUUGCACCUUUUGGAAGGUUUGGUGGAAUGCAUACAGAUGUCAACCCUUUCCAGACAAUGGAUCAGAUGAUGUUAAAUAUGAGAAAUAGUAUGCAGGAGUUACAAAGAAACUUUGGUCAUCUUUCAAUGGAUCCCAGUGGUCAUUCAUUUUGUUCUUCCUCUGUUAUGACCUAUUCCAAAGUAGGAGAUGAGCCACCAAAGGUUUUCCAGGCCGCAAGUCAAACUCGAAGGGCUCCAGGAGGAAUAAAAGAAACCAGAAGAGCAAUGAGAGAUUCUGACAGUGGACUAGAAAAAAUGGCUGUUGGUCAUCAUAUCCAUGACCGAGCUCAUGUCAUUAAAAAGUCAAAGAACAACAAGACGGGAGAUGAAGAGGUCAAUCAGGAGUUCAUCAAUAUGAAUGAAAGCGAUGCUCAUGCUUUUGAUGACGAGUGGCAAAAUGAAGUUUUGAAGUACAAGCCUACUGGACGGCCAUACAAUCUAGAAAACACUAAACUGCGAAGUGUGGGCCAAGAGACUCCAGUGUCACGGGAACUCAAAAAGAGAGAGAAAAGUCAUCGAAAUUCAGCCAUUGAGAGUGGAAGAAGAUCGAACAUUUUUGUGGACAAACUCAACGUCAAAGGAUCACCUGUGAAAAUCACCAAAAAAUAAAUAGCCAUGCAUUUCAUUUGUUUAAUUGGUUGUUUUAACAAAGAAAGUCAUGGUGCUAGGCAAUACACAAAAGACCAAUCUCCUGUUGUUAAGUCAAUACUAUACUUUGGAACGUCCUUUCUGAGUCUCAAUGCUCUUGUAAGUUUUAGCUUUACAUUGUUCAUACUUUAGGAAUAAAAUUUUGAUGUUCAGCGAUGUCAUUAAGUUGGUAAACAUUCUACAUAAAGCUCUACCAAAUUUAAAACUCAAAUGCUGAUUUUGGUUUCUCAGUUAUUUUGAUAUUCACUAUUAUAUGAAAUAAAACUGGGUAAAAUAUAACAUAUAUUUUAAUAAUGGAUGUUACAUAUAUAUUGUAAAUGUAUAAGUCCUUGUGUAUUUACCAUGAUGGUUAUGGUUUUGAACUACUUCUGUCACUGAGUUCAGUACACAAAAGUAACAUUAAAAUAAAAUAUAUCGUGUCUACCAUCACCACAGUAGAGUGCUGUGAAUCAAAGUGUAGUUUUUCUCAGAUUUUAUAAUGUGCUGUA